GUGAGAUGGGAGACAAAUUAAAGCUGUUUCCUCGUCUUGUUGUUGGACUUUAGUCCAAUGGUGGAUUUGAGAAUUGAGAGCAAUUUGCAGAUGAAAAAAACAAAUAUGUUUAGGCAUAUUCUGCUCUGAUCUUUUAUUAUGCAGCUGGUUGGUCCCAUGAGUCUUAGUCUCUCGCACUGUGUACACCGCUAAUGAAUCUUGAGGUUCUGGGCAUUUCAAACCCCUCCACCAUGAGUUCAGUGACCUUUUGCAAACUGGAAAGUACAACUACACCCUCUGGCUUAAUUGCUUAAAAACCACCACAAAGUGCAAGUGCAGCUCCUUCCUCAUCAUUUUCAGAAGAAGAAGAAAGAACACACUCACUGCAGCUUGUGGCUGGCUAGAACAUAACAUCACCAAUAAUUAAUAAUGGCAACUGUCACUGCUUCAAGAUUUGCCUCAACAAGUUCCCAUGUCACCUAUGGCGCUGUAUCUUCUGUAUCAGAGCCUAAAACGGGAUACAAGAAAAUGGGUUUUGGAAAACAGGCCACGACUCACAAUGGGUUAAGAGCUUUGAACACAGUGGACGAGCUCCGCGUCAAAAUCAUGGGAAAUUCAAUUGCAAGGCAAGCAAGGAGCAAAUCUUUCAACAGUACUAGGACUGGUUCAAGAACGGCAGGAACCAUUGUUUGUGGAAGUGGGAUGAAUUUAGUCUUUCUGGGAACAGAAGUUGGCCCAUGGAGCAAAACUGGUGGACUUGGAGAUGUUCUUGGAGGCCUGCCACCAGCUAUGGCAGCAAAUGGGCAUCGAGUGAUGACUGUUUCUCCGCGAUACGACCAGUACAAAGAUGCAUGGGAUACAGAAGUUACAGUUGAGGUUAAAGUGGGAGAAAAAACUGAAAAGGUUCGCUUCUUUCAUUGCUACAAAAGAGGAGUUGAUCGUGUGUUUGUGGAUCACCCACUAUUUCUUGAAAAGGUUUGGGGAAAAACUGCAUCCAAAAUCUACGGACCCAUUGCUGGAGAGGAUUUCAAGGACAACCAACUUAGAUUCAGCCUGCUAUGCCAGGCAGCUCUAGAAGCACCAAGAGUUCUGAACCUUAACAGCAGCAAAUAUUUUUCGGGACCAUAUGGAGAAGAAGUCAUUUUCAUUGCCAACGAUUGGCACACUGCCCUCCUCCCAUGCUACCUGAAAGCCAUAUACCAACCUAAAGGCAUAUACAAGAGUGCUAAAGUAGCCUUUUGCAUUCACAACAUUGCUUACCAAGGCAGAUUUGCAUUUGCAGACUUCGCACUUCUCAAUCUACCAGAUGAAUUCAAAAGCUCCUUUGAUUUCAUUGAUGGCUAUGACAAGCCAGUGAAGGGGAGGAAAAUUAACUGGAUGAAAGCUGGAAUCUUAGAAUCAGACAAGGUCUUGACUGUUAGCCCAUACUAUGCCGAAGAACUAGUUUCUACAGUUGAAAAAGGAGGCGAAUUGGACAACUUUAUUCGGAAAACUGGAAUUCUUGGAAUUGUGAAUGGCAUGGACGUCCAGGAGUGGAAUCCAUUAACUGACAAGUAUACAACUGCCAAAUAUGAUGCUUCAACUGUGACUGAUGCAAAGCCUCUGUUGAAAGAAGCCCUCCAAGCAGAAGUGGGAUUGCCAGUGGACAGAGACAUCCCUGUCAUAGGUUUCAUUGGUAGGCUUGAAGAGCAGAAAGGUUCAGAUAUUCUGAUAGAAGCCAUUCCCCAUUUUAUCAAAGAGAAUGUUCAGAUCAUAGUCCUCGGGACUGGCAAAAAGCCAAUGGAGAAGCAGCUUGAACAGUUGGAGAUAAAAUACCCCGACAAGGCCCGGGGAGUAGCAAAGUUCAAUGUUCCUCUGGCCCAUAUGAUAACAGCCGGAGCUGAUUUUAUGUUGGUUCCAAGCAGAUUUGAGCCUUGCGGUCUCAUUCAGUUGCAUGCCAUGCGUUAUGGAACUGUGCCAAUUGUUGCCUCAACUGGUGGGUUGGUAGACACUGUUAAAGAAGGAUUCACUGGAUUUCAAAUGGGAGGUUUCAAUGUGGAAUGUGAAGUUGUUGAUCCUGCGGAUGUACAAGCGAUUGCAACUACUGUCACAAGAGCCCUUGGAACUUAUGGAACCCCAGCUUUUACUGAGAUCAUAGGCAACUGCAUGGCUCAAGAUUUCUCGUGGAAGGGACCUGCCAAGAAGUGGGAGGAAGUGCUGCUAAAUUUGGGUGUUGCUGACAGUGAACCCGGGAUUGAUGGUGAGGAAAUUGCACCACUCGCCAAGGAAAACAUCGCAACGCCCUGAAAGACGCAAGUUCAACCUGCAGUUGAUCAGUUUUGUGAACUAACAUAAAAGAAAUCUGCUGCACACCCAAAACAGACCGCCUUGUGUGCAUCAUAUGAAUGUAAAAGUGAAACCUUCUGUGCAAUCUUGUUCAUAGGCCAAUUGUGAAGACCUUCGGUGAUAGUAGAUGGAAAAAAAAACACAGCCUAGUAGGGCAAACGAAAUCAAUAGAAGAUUGAUAAGCACUUGUGCCA